AUGAAGAGCGAUUCUAAAGACUCAUAUGGACAGAAAAUAACAGAACUCCGUGUCCCUUGCCUGACAUGGGUUACCGGAACCCCACCAUGGAACCAGGCCUGGGGGAGGGGCUCGUCGGCGAGGUCCUGGUGGCUGGAUCUCUAUGCAUGGGGCCCAGUUGGGCUCAGCCCUAAUGAGCAACAUGGAUUUGCCUUCCUGUGGGCCCACCACCUGCAGGCGGGGUCAUGCAAGUCAGAUGCAAGACACCAAAGGUGGGGGCCUUGGCGCUUUGACCCUGGCUUACCAAAACUGGCUCUUGGGACAUGGAAUGCAAUCCCUCUGGCACGGAAGGAUUUUAAGCUUGUGUGCAAGAUUGAGAGUUCAGAGUAUCAGGCCUUGGAGUCCUUAGCAGGGGUGCCAGAAGGUGCUUCAUCUGGGGUCUUCUUUAUUUUGCUGGGGGACUUCAGUGCCCACAUAGCCAGUGAUGUCAUCAGAAAGUGGAAGGACUACUUCUUGGACCUUCUCAAUCCCACUGGCUUGUCUUCCAUGAAGGAAACUGAGUCGGUGGACUUUGGGGUGGGUCUUUCCAUAACUGUGGCUGAGGUCACUGAGACUACACACAUUUGCAACAUCGUGUGGACAUUGGGGACAGUGCCACUAGAUUGGCAAACUGGGGUGGUGGUUCCCUUCUUCAGAAAGGGGGACCAGAGCAUGUGUUCCAAUUUCUACUUGUGCUUUGCGGACUUGGAGAAGAAGGCACUCGAUCAUGUUCCUUGGGGUACACUAGGUGAUGUUCUGCAACUCUCACUGGAGCGGUUUGCAGCCGAGUUUGAAGCGGCUGGGAAAAGAAUCAGUGCCUCCAAAUCUGAGACCCUGGUCUUCAGUCUGAAAAGGGUCAACGAGUGGAACAAAAAUGAUGAGCGCCUGCUUGCUGCAGUGGAGCACGGCGAGGCGGACAAAGUUGUGUCCCUGCUGAGUAAGAAAGGUGCCAAUGCUGUGAAGUUGGACAGCGAGGGCAAAUCAGCUCUUCAUGUAGCUGCUGCUCGUGGCCAAACCGACUGUCUAGCUGUGAUCUUGUCUCAUGGAGCUGACCUGUCAGUCACUGACACUGCUGGUUUUACUCCUUUACACCUGGCUGCCAAAAACAAUCAUGUGGAAUGUUGCAGAAAACUUAUUCAGAGUAAAUGUCCCGUUGAAGCCGUAGACAGCUCAGGAAAAACUGCUCUGCAUCAUGCUGCUGUUGGUGGGAACGUGCAGAUUGUUCAACUGCUGUGUGAAGUGAAAAGUCCCAUCAACCUAAAAGAUGCUGAUGGGCUCACUCCCUUGAUGCUGUCAACCAAACACAGUCAUUCUGAGGUUUGCAGCACUUUGCUGGACUGUGGUGCUGAAGUCAACAUCUCUGACAACACUGGCAGGACAGCCUUGAUGCUUGCCGCUGAGUCCAUCUCAGUAUCUGAGGUUGAAGUUUUGGUUCAACGAGGAGCAGACCUAUCACUUGUAGAUUCAGAAGGACAUGAUGUUGUACACUACGCCAUGCUGUCAGGCAGCUCUGAAGCCAAAUCCGCCCUCUUGGCUGCUCUGAACAGACACCAACUUUUAGAUCCCAGGUCUUCUAAAAGUCCUCAGCAUGAUCAAGUAGCUAAGCUAAGUGAUGAGCGGAUCACAACUCCCAAAAAACGAAAAGCACCUCCACCUCCUAUUAGCCCACUGCAGAGUUCUGGACCCUCGUCUCCUUCUGUUGUUACAUCUACCAGCACUCCUGCUUCCACCGAAGGGGAAACUCCCAAGAGAUUUAACUACAAGGAAGAUGACUUCACAGGAUCAACACUGAAAGAAGAGGUGGAGAAGCUCCAUGAGGAAAGAAACAUGUUGCUGGAGACGAUCGAUGACCUGAAGCAGACAGUGGAGACGGGGGCUGUUCCUGAGCUGAACACAAAGGUCGAACAAACAACUUCUGCAGCUCUGGUUUCAGCUCUACAAUCCAAGAUUACUUCUCUUACUUUAGAAAACCAGGAACUUGCAAACAAACUCAGGAAACAUCCGUCCCAACAAGAAAAUGAGCUGAAGGAGUGCAGUCGACCAAACAGCAUGGCCUCCAACGCCUCCUUCCACUCCACUCAGGAUGACUUGGAGUCAGCGUCACAUGUCCCACCUACAACCCAAAAGGAAGGAGGAGACCAUCCAGUAGCUGUUCCUGCUAAACUGCAAGAGGAUGAGAGCGAAGGAAGCAGAAACAAGAUUGGAGUGUUGAAACAAGCACUAGAGAAUAUUCAGAUAAAACUGCUUGAAACCAAGAAGGAAAACCAGUUGCUUCAGGCUCAGCUGAAACCUGAGCAAGGCAGAGGAAGAGACGAGGGUGGAAGUGGAAGAGAGACAAGAAGAGAAGAAGAGUUGAUGGAAAGUUUAGCAGAGCUUCAGGCAAAGUUGACAGACACCCAGGAGAGAUACCAUCAAGCUUUGGAGGAAGUAGAGGAUCUGAAAGUGCAGGUGGGAAGAGGAGAGGGUGAACUGACGGAAAAACAGGAGGUCCAGAAACGAUUGUUAUCCACGCUUGAACAGGAGGUGAAACAGCUGAAGUCUCAGCUUGUCCAGCUCAAGUCAGAGAGAGAUGACGCAGCUCAGCGAAUCAUACAGUUGGAAGAGAUGCUGAAGAGAAUGGAAGAGGACAGAGGGGCGGAGAAGGAAAAGGAACAGAUGAUGGCACAGAUUGAAGAGGUAUACAUGGAGGCACAAGAGGAAAUUAGGAUUCUUCAGGAGGCUUUAAAGGGCACGGUGCCUGUUGAAGCUGCAGCUAAAGACUUUGAAGAAAUGAAGGCUGAGCUAAAUGAGGUCAUUGCUGGGCAGCAGCAUCGUUUGUUGGAGCUGUCACACUCCUACAGUGAAACCAAGAGUCAGCUGAGCGCCACUCAGAACCAGCUUGCAGAAGCCCGAGCUGGGGGCUUUGCAGAGUCUUCAUCUUCUUCAGAGACACAAGCCGAGGGGCUGAAGAGCAGGGUAGAGGAGCUGCAGGCUUUGCUAGCUGAGACCGAGAGGAAGCUUUUGGCUGCACAAGAGGACAUUCAGCGGCUAAAGCAGGAGGCAGAAGUCCAAGCACAGAGCUCUGUGACCCUCACCGACCACACACAGGUUGUGUCAUCUCUGGGAAAUGCCAUCAAGGAGCUGGAAAGUGAGUUAGAAGCUGUGAGACGGCAGCUACACCAAAAGACCAUGCUAGUUGAAACUCUGCAACAAAGCUUGACUUCUGAGAAAGAUGUUACCCCAGAUGAUUCUGUCUCUCAUCUGGAGCAUGAGAACAUGCGAGAACAAAUGGAGCAUGAGGUGAACCACCUGACGCAGCUCCUUCAGGGGGCUCUGAGGAAGCAGGAUGAGAUGGCUCUGGAGGCGGCUGAUGCAUGGCAAAAGGCAAGAGAUAAUCGUGCAGAGCGGGAAGCCCUGCAGGAGCUGCUGGUGACCAGGGAGAAGGAGAGCCAGAUGCUGACCUCCAAACUGGCUGAGUCCCAGGAUGCUGUGUGUCAGCUCAAACAGCUGGUGGAGAAUCACGUUGCCUCUGAAAGAGAGAAAAACAAGAGGAUUGAUGACUUGUCUCGAGAGGUAGGAAAGCUAAAGGAUGCCUUAAACAGCCUGUCACAGCUCUCCUACAGCUCCUGCUCCCCCUCAAAGAGACAACACCAGAACCAGCACCUGGAGACCCUGCAGCAGCAAAUCAAACAGCUGCAGUACCAACUAGCUGAAUCAGAGAAGCAGCACCAAGAAACAGUGUCGGUGUACAGGAUGCACCUUCUAUAUGCUGUUCAAGGUCAGAUGGAUGAGGAUGUCCAGAAAGCCUUGAAGCAAAUAUUGAAGAUGUGCAAAGUGCCAAACCAAGCCAAGGAGGCGUGCUGAGACACAACAGGGACGGUUCCACAAAUUGUACAUUUAGAGGCUGAAGACCGCCCAACACAUUGUCUCUGUGGUUAAACCCAGAGUAGUUGUUUGUAUGGAGUUUACAGCUUACAUUGCCUUUGCAAAGGUCAUUUUGAACCUUUACAGACCUUUUACCCCAUGUAUGUUCUUUAUUGUAUUUUGUAUCUGCACAAUAUUUCUGUAAAAGAAGAUGCUGAAAAAGAUGUAUAAACAAACUGAAAGCAGAAACGGUCAACCAGCUGUUUUGGAGCUGAUUCAGGUUGUAUUUUAUUUGACGUUUAGCUCUCAGCACAGCCUGUAAGCUAAAGCAUUCAACAAAACAUCAUUUGUAAUUUUUGAAAAAUCAUCUUAAACUGAUAGCU